AUGACUGUAUCUGCGAGUCUAAACGGCGAUUCGUCGUCCACAAAGUCGACCCUGACAAUCUCGACAUCUACCAAACAUCAACAACCACAUACACCAAGACCAGAAUCAUCAAAGCCCAAGAAAAACGGCAACAGAGACCUGCAUCUCUUCCUGCCGCCAUCGCAAGCAAUGAUCCGGCACGGCGGCACGACAAUCUCUGGUGCUCGCUCGGUCCCUGUUUCGUCAUCAAACUCACCGACUGAGGAAACCGCGCCGAAUUACCAUCCUCAUGGGCGGAAUAUCUCGAUUCUCGAUGCGACUGGGAGUUCGCGACGGGAAGGAACGAGGGCGGCGAGUACAGGGCAUAGAGUGGCCUCUGGGUCGCAACGACCAGUACCAGGGACGAGUGAGAAAGCUUCACGGAAAGACCAUCGGAAAGUGCCGAUCGAGAAUAUCUACAGAGUGGGAAACAGGCGAGAGUGCAUCAUAUACGACUAUGACGCCAUCUUUUCGUAUCGCGAAAACGUGAAAGCCGCGACGCGCGCGCACAAGGACAAGCCUUGUUUGACUCGGGUGUUUUGGCCAACGGACUGUCGCUGCGAGAAGGGUGUGCUUGUUGGGUUCCAAAACUCAAUGUCGGAUUUCGUUGUGAUUGCAAUGUACUCUGAGAUUGAUGUUUCCACUAUGCGACGAAUUUUUAGCUCGAGCGAAACUGUGCUUGGAGGGGAUCGCAAGGAGGAAAAAAUGUUUGGGUAUCUGUUUGAUACGUCAAAGUUGGGUAUCGUUGGUACUUUGAACCUUCCUGUUGAAGAAGGCGACGAUCUCCCUCUGCGGGUUACGAUGAGGCCAGGCAGCAAGCCGCGGUUUUCUCACUCGACCGCCGGCGGUGUCUCAACCGGGUUUCAGGUUGUAUUCUACGAACGGCCUUUGUCGCGCCGACUACAGUAUUUCUCAUUUAUCCCCAUCACGCUCGAGCUUGCGGAUCGGAGCUCGGCGAACAGUGCAGAGGACGAGGAUGACAAGGUGUUGAAGAAGAGGCAGGAUCUGAUUUCCCGGAUUCAGAAACACACAAAGUUCGGGUUCCCGCAGACCGAUGAGGAGAAUAAUAGUAUCCAGGUUUGGAUCAACGAAAUCAACUUUGCGCAAGAGCUGGAUGCUCUACUGCGUGACGCAGUCGCACAGGUGCUUGAGAAGGACGAAGCGUGCGAGAACACGUGGGAGUCGCUGAAGAAGUAUGGGCACGCUGCGGGACUCAAAGUCGCGCAGGGCCUUUCGUUUUUGUGGACUGCGACGCUGAUGAUGCUCAUGUGGGUGCUGAUUGCGGGGAUUAUGGUGUACCGCGUGUGUUCGGAGGCGGUGUUGUUGGUGAUUGAGUGGUGUCCUAAGGGGACGCUUCCGGCGUUGAAGGAUGUGUCUGCUACGAUACAACAACUCGAUCUGAGAUUGCAGCAGGCAUGUUACUGGCCGAUUCAGUACAUUACACUUCGAAACCAAAAGCGGAAUCUUAUGAUUCGGACUACGUUCCAACCCGAGUACAUUCGUUUCUACAACAGUCUGUGGCUGGUAGCGAACGACAUCAUCAUCGGAGCAGCAGUUGGCGCGUACAUGAUUGACAACCGCGACAAGAUCGUAUCGUUUGUGGAUUACUGUAUCGACGAGUUCCUGACCACCGGCCUGCGCCAGACGAUCGAGUGGCUGAUGGACUGGCCCGGUGGUCUGAAGCUCAACAACGAGCUCGUUGCGUUCUUUGGCGAGCUGUUUUUGUGGGUCAUUGAGUUCUGGAGUAGUACGCUCAGACUGCUGCGGCCGUGUCUUCCCGACUUGAUUUAUUUCUUUGGUUUGUCGGGCUUUGUAGGGGCUACGUUUCCGAUCGCGCUGAUUGCGGACUUGAUCUCGUUUCUGACGAUUCAGAUUUAUUCGUGCUAUCUUGCGUCGGCGCGGAUAUAUAACUGGCAACUGACGUCGCUGGAGUCGCUCUUCCAUUUAUUUCGCGGCAAGAGACGGAAUGUGCUCCGAAACCGAAUUGACUCGGUAGACUACGAUCUCGACCAACUCCUUCUCGGCACGCUGCUAUUCACCUUGUUGACGUUCCUGCUGCCGACCGUGCUUGUCUUUUAUCUGACCUUUGCGGGGUCGCGGCUGGGUAUCAUCAUCGUGAAUGCGAUCCUGGAGAGUUCGCUCGCGCUGCUGAAUCAUUUCCCGCUGUUUGCAAUCAUGCUGAGAUUGAAGGACUCGAAACGGCUUCCGGGAGGAAUUGAGUUUGAUUUGUCGGUUGGCGCGGGGGAUGCAGGUGAUGUGGAGGAGGAGGAGGAGGAGGAGGAGGAGAAAAGCGCGGAUGGAGAUGAAGAAAGUACGGCUGCGCAGGUGGUCUAUGUGAAUCUGAAGCCGGUCGCGUUGCCGAUUGUUUCGAUGUUUCAGCAAUACUUCCUGCUCAGCAAGCGAAUCCAGCGGCACUACUUAUCCCUUCGCGUGGUGUCGUUGUUGCUGACGGGCCAGUUUGUGCCGAUCCAGAGAAGCAGGCUGUACAGUCUGCAGUACUCGAUGCUGCCGGAGCAGCGGUUCGGAAUCAAGGAGCUGUGGAGCAAGUUGCGGGAGUUUAGUAGGGUUGUCGGCAGUGAGUUUUGGGAGAAGUUGGGAGCGGUGACGGGGGCGAGUUAG